AGCCAGUGGUUUGCUCGUCACUCCAGCUGAUCGGCCUAGUGUCCCCGGUGGCUGUGUCCGUCGUAGGCGUUUGACGGCUCCCACCUCGACUCAAACUGUUUCAAUUUUACGGAGUCAGUGGCCGCUCGUGUCGGCAAAUCGACCAUUUCAAGUCGAAACUCCGUGGACUAUUCGGGCCAGAGUUUAGACCGAGUACUCGUUACGGCUAAGUGGGUCUAAACGCAAAUACGAGGCCCUCGCUGCAUCCACGGAUUCACCUGCUACACGGAGAGCUUGUGACGGUAGACCGAUAUGGGUGACACCGGGAGUGAGGGCAGCAAGGCUCCGAGCAACGUCAACGUUUUACCCCCUCGCUGCCCCUGCGGAUUUUGGGGGUCGAGCAAAACAAUGAACCUCUGCUCAAAAUGUUUUGCAGACGUUAAGAAGAAACAGCCAAAUGACGAUUGUGCCCCAAAGGCCUCUUCAAGCACCAGCAGCAGUCAAACGGACAUCUUCUGUAAUGAAACUAACAGCAGCAUUAGUCAGUCACUGACAGUGCCCAGCACCUCAGAAGAGCCUUUGCAAGGAGAAAAUGGAGAGGCAUCUAUUCCAGCUCAGGAUGGAAUAUCCAGCAAAUGCACAGUCUUGGGUUCCCUCUCCACUUCCAGUAAACGUUCAUUUGAGUCAGCCUCAGAGUUUGACAGUGAUGCUUCACCUGAGAAGCGAGCAAGGGUGAGUGAAGUCCCUGAGAAUGAAGAGUCGUCAUCAUCUUCGGCUACAUCAUCGCCAUCUUCUCGGAACGUCCCUAAACAGCCGAGCCGCAAACGUUGCCAUCGCUGCCAAACCAAACUGGAGCUUGUACAGCAAGAGCUGGGCUCCUGUCGCUGUGGCUAUGUUUUCUGUAUGCUCCAUCGUCUUCCAGAGCAACAUGAGUGUCUCUUCGACCACCUGGGCCGCGGGCGUCAGGAGGCUAUCCUGAAAAUGGUCAAGCUCGACCGCAAGGUGGGCCGCUCAUGCCAACGCAUUGGGGAGGAGUGCUCGUGAGCAGCCGUUCUCUCAGAGAACCCUCUGUGUUCAGGCAGUGUCUCAGCACUAAAUGGGAUAUGAUUUCCCUCUUCUUCUCACUUAGUUUUUCAGGGUUUUUACAGCUUUUUUGGAUACAGACCCCCAUUCUUUCCUUUUUAAAUUAAGCUUUUUUUUUUUUUCCUUUUUCUUUUUUUUAAAUUCCAUUGUUACAUCUUGUUUAUGUUUCCUGCUUGUGUUUGCUCGAUCAUAUCCCCGCUGCUAGGAUGCCUUUUGGAAAAAGCAAAUCCAAUAAAGACAGAACAAUCGAGAGCAAAGGAAAUAUCAUUUUUCCACCUUCUUGCAAGCUCUUGAUGACAAAAGUAUGAACGGCCUAAACGUGAAUUCAGAGAUGGCAAGAGGAAAUACAAUGCUUUAUACUAAUGUUUGUCUUUGAAGCCGAACUAUACCCUUUACCUCAGAAACCAGAAAGGAGAAAACAGAGUGAGGUGGAGGAAGACGCUGGUGAGAAAGAGAUGGUGAUCCGUCUUGUACACUUUGGCUUUGGCGCUGUUUAUAGACUGUGCUCUUUACCUCGCAAUCAGACCAGAGCUGCUUUGUUCUCUGCGCCAAUUACGGACACUCUGAGGCGAGAGAGCUAGCCAGCCUCUGUUAAAGUCAUGUCUUACCUCCUUACCAUCCACCUUUAAAUCCUAAUCCCUUAGAUACGCAAGCACCUGUUGAUCACCCACCUCAGGAUACUCAAGCUCAACCUGCCCUCAUGUCCCCACCAUCAUGCAUACUUCUUCAUACUUCUAUGGGAAAUGUGCUGCUUGGUUUUGAGACUGUUGUGGAAAUCUCUCAGCCACUGUGACAUUAGAAGUGUCGGGUGACUUAUUCAGAACAUUCAGCUUUGGCCAGACUCAGACAAGUAUCAGUGGUGGGGGCCAUGAACUGGUUGUCCUCAGACUGCCCGCUUACCUGUCGCCGGUGAAUCAACUAAUGAAGAUUUAAUUUGUUGAAGAUUUUCUCUGUGUUCCUCCUUUUGGUCCAUCUUUAUCCCCUUACCCUUUUCAAACUUUCUACAUUUAGACAUUUCCUCCUCAGUCUUUAUUGAAAAGUGUGUGGAUUGUGUGCAUUGGGUGUCCGAAAAAGAAAAGUUACAGGCUUUGUGCUAAUGGAAAUGACUGGAUCUGGAAUGUCUACAUUGUUAUGCAUCACUCUACUUUUGCAAAUACACACAACCUGAAUCUUUUGUGUUAUUUGAUAUGCCCAGCUGUCGUUCACAUAGAGUAUAAAGAGGUGAAAUCAGAAGUUAUUGUACACUUUGACCUGGGUGAUCUGGACCUGGGUUUGGGAUUGUGAAUGCUUUUCAGAUUUCAAGUCUUAUGUCUUAGGAUAUCACAGCUGUAAAUGUUUGGUGCCAGCAUUGAAGCAACAUGUCUUUGGCUUUAAUUCUUUUUACCAAUAAUUUAGUAUCCCUGGCUACAUAUUUGGAAUUGUACCUAACAUGAUGUGAUCAUGUGCAUCCUCAUCUUUCCUUUUCUCAUCUUUCCCUGUUUGGAUUGCUCUACUUUGACUCAUUUCAGCAUUUCAGCUUACCUCCGUCUUUCCUCCUUGUUUUGCUGUAGAUGAGGGAAGAAGGCUGUGGCAAGCAGAGUGCUCAGAGUUAAAAUACGCAUAUAUUUGACUUUUCAGGUGUUUUCCUGGUGAACUGUGGAUGAAUGAACAGAAAAUACAUAUUGAAUGAACCUUGUGUAUCUUGCAGAAAACUUUGUUUAACCUCUUACAUUUAGACUUACCUACACUUAUGUGUUGAGCUUUUUUGGUUGUAAUGUGGUCAUGAAAAUGGGAAAAUGAAUGUGGAAGAUUAUAUAUUUUUGUUUAUUUUGCUUUACUUUCUGCUUCCUCUUUCCAACUAUUCUUUUUCUGAAAAAUAAUAAACUGGAUUAGACAAAA